CCCACUGAGUGCCACCGCGUCGCAAAUUUCCACGUUUACCUAUACACUAGGUGCUGGCUCGGCCUCCACGUGGCCCCUCCCCUUACCGGACAGCACCGACACAUUAAAUGGGUUGAAUCUGUAAACGGGAGCAGUGGGAGAUCCUUUCCCAUUCCUACAGGCUGCAUGGCCGAUCUGCGCUGUGUAAACUGUCAUCGGGCAAUCCUCCACCUCCUCUCUUCUUUUUCUUUUUCUCCGCGGUGUUACACUGAAUUUAAAUCGCGUUUUUCUAUCUUAUAAGUGGCAACCGGCAGCAGCAGCAGCAGCAUCUCAGACCCAGACCCGUGGGCGGCUGCGGGUGGCGUCCGUCUGGGCCAGCUGAUAGGACGAGGAUUUCGCACCAACAACACCCCAAAUUCUCAAGAUAUGGCGCUGAGGAGUGAGAUGUAGAAAAGCGAUAGUUAGACAUUUAUGUGAGUCUGGGCUUCAGCUAAAACAGAAAAAAUAAUCACCACCAUCCUCCUCCUCCUCCUCCUCUCUCACCUAACCAGUUGAUUUUUUUAAAUAACUAUCAAGAAAGUGUGGAGCACUUGACACAUUGGUGAAUUCCCGAGGCAAGUCCAACACAGAGACUGAAUGAGUCCAUCUUUGGUUGUCGGACGGACUCCUCGAGAACACAGGACGGAUGCAACCGAACUAAACACAUCUUGGCAAGUCAAAACACCCUCGGCCUUUCUGCCACCGGCAGUCUAACCGAUUCGGGAGGGGACUCUCACACCGGAGGACCAGUCGAUUCACAGGCAGGGAGAAGAUGCCAUUCCACCAUGUGCGGGCGGGCCUUCUCUAUCCAGACAACUACCUGAGUGGCUCCCUAACGGAGGGCAGCGAAGCCUUCCAGCUCACCAGUCUCUCCACAGAGGAGCUGGGAGAGAUCCGUGAGGCGUUUCGUGUUUUGGAUCGUGAUGGGAAUGGUUUCAUCUCCAAACAGGAGUUGGGCAUGGCCAUGCGCUCCCUGGGUUACAUGCCCAGUGAAGUGGAGCUGGCUAUCAUCAUGCAGAGACUGGACAUGGAUGGGGACGGCCAGGUGGACUUUGAGGAGUUCAUGACGAUACUGGGACCUAAGCUGCUGUCAUCUGACAACAGAGAAGGAUUCCUCGGCAACACUAUCGACAACAUCUUCUGGCAGUUUGACAUGCAGCAGCUGUCUCUGGACGAGCUCAAACAGGUGCUUUUCCACGCUUUCCGAGACCACCUGACAAUGAAGGACAUAGAGAAUAUCAUCAUCACCGAGGAGGAGAGCCUCAAUGAAACCUCAGGGAACUGCCCUGAGUAUGAGGGAGUCCAUCCUAAGAAGAAGAAUCGGCAGACGUGUGUCAGGAAAAGCCUGAUCUGCGCCUUUGCCAUGGCUUUCAUCAUCAGUGUCAUGCUUAUCGCAGCCAACCAGAUGCUGCGGAACGGCAUGGAGUAAACCAAUUGCACUGUGAGAAUGGGGAGUGGACAGAACAGCCAUGACCUCACAUUUUGUCUUUGCAGCCAAAGCUGGACCAGACGCAAAACCAAGCACUUCUCUAAACAAUCUGUUGACUUGUUUUCAUUUGAACUUGAUUUAUAAAAUAGACAGUGUGCGUGAUAUGUGAAGAGGUAUGUUUGUUUUGCAAUGAAGAUGUCACCAAGUAGAGUUACUGGACUUGCUGGCCAUAAGGAACAUGAACUGCAAAAGGAUUAUGGAUUUAUAGAAGUCAUGAUAAUAAAAAAGGUUUUAUUUUGCUGUUCUUGAGACCAAAACCACCCUUUAAACUUGAUUUUCUAAUUACCGAAAAUGUUUAUCAGGUGCUUUGAGCCAUUCUUAGUUUUCAAAAACUAAUAUUGAAUAUUACAGAUAACUGCAUAUUAGCCCUCCAGAGGGUCAUUGAAUGUGAACUGAGUGAUUGUGAGCACUGAAUAUUGGCCACAGCAUUUAAAUGCAUCAUAAAUUCUUCACAUUUUUUGUAGCCAAUGUAUCAGCAUCCCACUGUGUGAAGCAUUUGUAUCCCAGCUCAGUCUACUUAUCAUGGUAAACAUAAAAUCUUUGUAUGUCUACAAUAAGCACAACUCAAUAAACAGUUAGGGACCACUUAAGAAUCAUUGCUGUCCUGCCGUCACCACUCUUUAGUGUUGACUGACUGGUCAUUUCACAUACAAGUGGUGCAUAAAAGAGUGCUGGCCACAUAUAUAAUUUACUCAGACUGCCUGAGAUGUGUGAAAUAUGACAAGCUUAAAAAUUAAAAUAAAAGGCCAGACUGACAUCUUUUUUCUUUUUUUUUUUUCUUUUCCUAGUUAUGUGCUGAGA